CGCGAGCGACUUUCAGCAGGAGAGGUCCCGCUGUGAGCGCAUGCAGGAGCCACGCAAAAUGCCCCGGGGGGCUGAGGCUUAAACAGAUUCUACACUUGCAACCGACGGAGAAAGGGGGUUGGUGGUGGGGUACCGCGUCGCGCUUCGUCCCCCUCCCUUGGAUGUCUCCGGACAAGGAGGGAGGAACAGCCGGAGGGAGGGAUGGCUGAAAAUCAAGGAGACGCACACACGCGCUCCGGACACCGACCUGCAUCCAGAGAGCAACGGGAGGAGGAGUGACGGGAGCGCUUCUGGAGGAGGCAGCGCGGAGCGUCCCUGCAGCCACAGGACUGGAUUGUUUUUAGUUUAAUUUUAUUAUUAUUAUUAAUUUAUUUUUUGGGAUAAAAGCGCGCUUCAAAUCGAUGAUUGGAGAGGUUUAGUUUGUUGGUUGUGAGGAUGGGACAGCUUUGGUGGCGUUUGUGGGCUCCACUGAUGCUGCUAGCCAGCAUUUCCUAUGACUCCAGUAAAGCACAAAGUCAAGUUCCAGCUCCGAGGCGUCUGCGCUUCAGACUGCUGAGCUCAAGCAAACUGCUCGUUUCAUGGAGAGAGCCCAAAGGAGACAUUGAGGGCUAUCUCCUUCUUUACCACAGUAAGCCAGAACAGUUUGUGUGCCGCUCAGAAGCCGUUGCAGACGUCGUGAUCCUGGUUGACGGAUCGUGGAGCAUUGGCCGGGUCAACUUCCGGCUGGUCCGUAUGUUUUUGGAAAAUUUGGUCGAUGCCUUUGAUGUUGGCAUUGAUAAGACAAGAAUAGGCCUGGCACAGUAUAGUGGGGAUCCCAGGAUAGAGUGGCACCUAAAUACAUACCACACUAAGGAUGCGGUCAUUGAUGCCAUCAAAAACAUGCCCUACAAGGGUGGAAACACCCUUACAGGACUUGCACUGACUUUUAUCUUGGAGAAUUGUUUCAAGCCUGAAUUUGGCGCUCGGGAAGACGUACCAAAGAUUGGGAUCCUCAUCACAGAUGGGAAGUCCCAGGACAAUGUCAUUCCACCAGCAGAGAGACUGCAGGAGGCUGGAGUGGAGCUGUUUGCUAUUGGUGUGAAGAAUGCGGAUGAAAAUGAACUGCGCUCCAUCGCUUCAGAACCAGACGCCACUCAUGUCUACAAUGUGGCUGACUUCAACAUUAUGAGCUCAAUAGUGGAGGGACUCACUAAAGUCGUGUGUGAACAAGUCGAGCAGCAAGAAAAAGACAUCAAGCUGAAAGUGCUCCCAAACAAAACGGGAACGCCCCUAAACUUGGUGACAUCGGACGUCACCGCCCACAGCUUUCGGGCGUCGUGGAGUCCUGCGCCUGGAAAUGUUCACAGAUAUCGUGUGGUUUAUGCUCCAGCUCAAGGAGGAGAGCCACAAGAGACUGUAGUGGCUGGCAGUGAGACGUCGGUGGUGUUACAGCAUCUCCGCUCCUCCACCGAGUACCAGCUUGCUGUGUUUGCUGUGUACUCAAACACGGCGAGCGAAGCUCUGAGAGGAUUGGAAAAGACCCUCGCCCUACCGUCGGUCACCGGCCUUCAGCUGUUUGAUGUGACUCACAGCACCAUAGAAGUUGGGUGGGACAGCAUUGACGGAGUCACGGGUUACAUGCUGCUUUAUGCUCCUAUUGCAGCUGACGUAGGCUUGGAUGAGAAGGAGAUCAAGGUGUCGGAUGCUGUGACAAUGCUGGAGUUGGACGGGCUGAUCCCCGACACGGAAUACGUUGUCACUGUCUAUGCCAUGUAUGGAGAUGAGGCCAGUGAGCCCGCAACAGCCCAGGGAACCACAUCGCCACUGAAACCUCCCAGGAACCUCCAGUUUGCUGACAUCACUCACAACUCUGCCCACAUCAGCUGGGACCCGGCACCCAGCGGAGUCAGGGGCUACCGCAUUAUUCUGGUCAAAACAGAAGGACUAACCACAAAUGAAGUAGACCUGGGUCCGGUGACCUCGUAUGACCUGCAGGAGCUGGCAUCUCUCACAGAGUAUUCUGUGGCCGUCUUUGCUCUGUACGAUGAAGGGCAGUCCAUGGCGCUCACCGACAGCUUCACCACCACUCCAGUGCCUGGUCCUCUUAAUCUGCGCUCCAGUGAUGUUCACGCUGACAGCUUCAAGGUCAGCUGGGGUCAUUCAGCCGAUGACAUUGUUCUCUACAGACUCUCCUGGGCUCCCAUCACAGGUGCCGACACAAAGGAGGUUUUUUUGAGUGGAAGCGAAAACAGAUACAUCUUGACUGGUCUUAGUCACUCUACUGAGUAUGAAGUCAUGCUGACCGCAAUAUUAAAAGAUGAAACUGAGAGUGACACCGUCUCUGUCACAGAGACCACAUCGGCCAAGACAACAAUUGCUCCCACAACUACAGCGGUUCGUCAUUCUGUCAAAACCUUUUAUCUGUCUGAGGAAACCACCCAGAGCCUAACAGCGACAUGGGAGCCAGGAGACGUAAACGUGGAGAGCUACAGGAUUUCCUAUGCCAGCCUUAGCAGUGAGCACGGAGAGGACUUGGUGUUGGUUGAUGGCAGUGAGACGGCUGUGAAGCUGGAAUCUUUACAACCAGACACGCAGUACAGAGUAACACUCACACCGGUGUACAGGGAUGGAGACAGCAGCAUUAGUGUCUCUGCACUGGGAUCCACAUUGCCGCUCUCAUCUCCUAAAUAUCUUCGUGUGACAGAGGAGUGGUAUAAUCAAUUCAGGGUAUCCUGGGAUUCACCCCGCUCUCCCACCGUGGGCUACCGGAUUGCCUACCAGCCCAUCCAUGUUCAAGGUCCGCUUUUGGAGACUACAGCUGCAGGGGACAAGAACUCCGUGCUCCUCGUCAAUCUGCUCAGUGGUACCGAGUACAGAGUUCAAGUGUCUGCGUUGUACCCUUCAGGAGAAAGUGAACCUCUUCUAGCUAACGCAAAGACAUUGUCCCUCAGCGUCUCUGGCUUGUCCGCCUACCAGGUUCGUCCGGACAGCCUGUGUGUUCAGUGGCAGCCUCUUCUCACUGCGACAAAGUACAGAGUCUCCAUACUGUCCACACUCAAUGGUCAAAGGCAGGAAGUUAACCUGGAAGGCGGAGCUUCUCGUCACUGUUUCUAUGACCUCACCCCCAGUAGCCAAUACCAGAUCAGUAUUUACACGCAAGUACAGGACAUGGAGGGACCACCAGUCUCCAUCACAGAAAUGACAUUGUCAGCACCCACUCAGCAUCCAACUGAGCCGCCCACCACAGAGCAACCCCCCACCAUUCCACCUGCCAAAGAAGUGUGUAAAGAGGCCAAGGCUGACCUGGUGUUCCUUGUUGAUGGUUCCUGGUCUAUUGGAGAUGACAACUUCAUGAAGAUUACACAUUUUCUGUACAGCACUAUGGGAUCCUUAGAUCUGAUUGGACCAGAUGGCACUCAGGUGGCCAUUGCUCAGUUCAGUGAUGAUGCGAGGACCGAAUUUCAGCUGAGUUCCCAUGGCGACAAAGAAGCUCUGCUGGAAGCAAUUCACAAGAUCAAAUAUAAGGGCGGCAACACCAAGACAGGACGUGCCAUCAAACAUGUGAAAGAAUCAAUUUUCAUCCCAGAGGCGGGAGGCAGGAGGGGAGUUCCUAAGGUCCUUGUUGUCCUGACUGAUGGGCGUUCACAAGAUGAUGUCAACAAAGUGUCAAAAGAAAUGCAAAUGGAGGGUUAUAUCAUAUUUGCAAUCGGCUUUGCGGAUGCAGACUACGGUGAACUGGUGAACAUUGCCAGUAAACCCAGUGACAGACACGUUUUUUUUGUUGACGACCUGGAUGCUGUGAAGAAAAUAGAGGAGCAGCUCAUCACCUUUGUCUGUGAGGCCGCCACAGCCACUUGUCCAUCUGUUUUGAUGAACAGUAACACAAUGGCAGGCUUCAAAAUGAUGGAGAAGUUUGGGCUGGUGGAGAAGGCGUACAGCUCCAUACCCGGAGUUUCUCUGGAGCCCGGUUCAUUCAACAGCUACUCCUGUUACAGGUUACACCGCGAUGCCCUGGUCCUGCAGCCCACCAAAUACCUUCAUCCUGAAGGUUUACCCUCUGACUAUACUAUCUCCAUGAUGUUCCGCUUGCUGCCCGAGACCCCCCAGGAACCUUUUGCACUGUGGGAAAUCCUCAACAGGGAAAAUGAUCCUCUGGUCGGAUUAAUGCUCAACAACUCUGGAAAGACAUUGACGUUCUUCAAUAACGACUACAAAGGAGACUUCCAGACUGUCACCUUUGAAGGACCAGAGAUAAACAAGCUCUUCCAUGGUAGCUUCCACAAGCUCCAUGUAACCAUCAGCAAGACCUCAGUGAAGGUGGUGUUGGACUGUUCUGUGGUGGGGGAAAAGGCAAUCAGUGCAUCAGGGAACAUCACCACAGAUGGAGUCGAGAUUCUGGGAAGGAUGAUCCAGCCCAGAGGCAAAAGAACCAGCUCUGCUCCUUUCCAGCUCCAGAUGUUUGACAUCAUCUGCAGCACGUCUUGGGCCAGCAGAGAUAAAUGCUGCGAGCUCCCAGCAUUGAGAGUUGAGGAUCAAUGCUCGUCUCUACCACACGCUUGUACAUGUUCCCAGGACAGCAAAGGACCUCCAGGACCUUCAGGACCGCCUGGUGGUCCAGGCAUGAGAGGGACCAGAGGAGACCGAGGAGAGCCAGGCAUGACGGGACCUCAGGGGCCAACGGGGGAAACUGGCCCUCCUGGACCUACAGGACCAACUGGUCCUCAGGGGCCCAGUGGGGUUACCAUUCAGGGACCCCCAGGUGUUCGUGGGGAGAAGGGAGACAAAGGAGAGAUCGGACCAGCUGGACCAAUGGGCGUUCCUGGAGGUCCUGGAUCGGCGGGGAGAGACGGCCCUCUGGGACCCAGAGGUCCACCGGGUAACACCGGACCACAAGGGCGUCAGGGACCUCCAGGACCUGUUGGAGCCCCUGGGGCUCCUGGAGCUCCAGGGCCAGGUGGAUCAACAGGACCUCAAGGAGAUCAAGGACUUCCAGGUUCUGCUGGAACCAAAGGCAGUAAGGGGGAGAGGGGUGAUGUUCAGUCCCAAGCUGCAGUGAGAGCAAUAGCACAGCAAGUGUGUGAACAGCUCAUCCAGAGUCAUUUGUCUCGCUAUAAUUCAAUCUUGAACCAGAUCCCGCUUCAUUCAUCAACGUCAGUCCGAACAAUACCAGGUCCGCCCGGAGAGCCGGGGAACAGGGGCCCCCCAGGUCCUCAAGGAGAGCAAGGUCCUCCUGGUAGACCUGGCUUCCCUGGCACCAAUGGGCAGAAUGGUCGACCAGGGGACAGAGGACUUCCAGGCUCAAAGGGGGAGAGGGGCAGCGCUGGCAUUGGGAGUUCUGGACCCAGAGGACCACCAGGUCCUCCUGGUCCGCCAGGUGAGGGUCGGACUGGUAGUCAAGGUCCACCUGGUCGGCCAGGUAACCCGGGAACAGCAGGGAGACCGGGAACUCCUGGAGCCGCAGGACCAACCGGUCCACCAGGAUACUGUGACCAGAACUCUUGUCUCGGAUACAACGUGGGAGUCCAGCCGCUGCCUCACGCCGGCUACCAAGCCUACAACCCUCCCUACAGACCCCCGUACAACCCUGCUGCAGUGCUGCACAACGACAACAACCAGCAGGAGGAGAGGCCAGAGGAGCAGGACCCCUACUACCACGGCGAUCCCUACCCCCAACCACCUUCUCACAUGGCACGUGGUUACCCCCCCAGCCACUCUGAGGAUGUGGAGCUGCGGUCGCCGGGUGUUGUCAGGAGGUACACGCGUGAGGAGGGAAGGAGGAGGAGCGGACUCGCCUUUGGCGCUUGAGCCACGCAACCAGUCAGUGACACUGGCAUCGUCACGCCCAUCUAGAAAUGGCGGCGACAGCCCGCCCUCCCUGCACGUCCAGCAGGUGAAAGGAUGUACAUCACCGUGCAGACUCUGCGGUUUCUCCAUGAAAGGGAGGUUCAAAAAGUGCCUGAUCUCUGUUUGCUGAAAAUGUAAGACCUGUUCCGUCCCAUCUUCACUUGUUCUGUGGUUCUGCAUGUCUCCUUUGAAGGUGUAAGUGAACACACACAGAAUGUGCUUCAGUGUUUAGUAACUCCACUCUUUUAUUGAUCAAAAGAUGCUGUUUUUAUACCAAUGAAUCCUGACCCUCCUUCACUUGUAAAUGAACAAGCAUCACAGACAUGGAGUUGAAGUUAUUGUAAGAUUCCUUACUGGCCUUUUUUAUUGGAAUAUUAAUCAUCUUUCCUUUUCAUUUUCUGUGAUUUUCCCUUCAGAUGUGUUUACUAAACUAAUCUGUUCAUUUUCUGAUGUAAAUUUCAGCGUCUUUGGCGUGGAAGCAGCUCUGCAGCUGAGCUCUGACCUUUUCCUGAAAUUACACCUAAAGCAGCAACUCUAAAAACAAAUCAACAGAGAUGGAUGUUGGGUUUUUUUUUCUUGCCCUGCACUUAAAGUUUAUUUAGGUGUCAUUUUGCUGAAGGUUCAUUUGUAGAAACUGCUGAAGAGAAACAUUUGACUCUCAGUUGGAGUCUCAUACCCCUUUGAAUAAAAGACACGUAUUUAUUUUUUGUUUUUUUAUAACCAAUAAAUCUGUAAUGAGUCAAAGGAAAAA